CAAAUAUGGCCCCCUCCUACUGGGUGUGAGAGGAGCGACAGCUGACAAAGGAAAGAAAUCUGUCAUAAAGGACGGCACUGAUUCGCACCACAACGCCCCUUCGUCCAGAUAACACUGCACCGAUGUGACAGCAAGUGAAAAAUGCCUGCCAAAUGAUGAAGUGUGCCAGAGAGAGGAACUGACAGAAGAAGGCCUUCAUUGUUGCAGACCAUCUGUUCAGACCAAACAUCCUCCCUCCCUGCGAGCCUCCGCCCCGCAGCCAUGCUGAUCAACCCAGUGCUCGUGGAGUCCGCUGUAGUUAUGGCUGUGGUGCUGUGUGUACACAUGGCGGUCUGGAACCAGCACUCCUGGUGCAGCAUAGCCCUCUUCAUCCAGGCUUUCUACGUGCAGCACAAGUGGGACCGUCUGCUCAGGUCAGGGGGUGCCGUGUUCCAGUUCCGUCCCUCGGCAAACAGCGGCAUCGUCCCGGCCUCCAUGGUGAUGCCUUUGCUGGGCCUGGCGCUGAAAGAAAAGUGCUCUGCCUCAGGGAACGUCUACUUUGAGCGCUUCUCCAUGGUGAUCACCAUCACAGGCAUGAUCCUGGCUCUGUUUCUCUCCCUGAUUGCGCUGGGCAUCACAAGGCCAGUACCCACCAACACUUGCGUGAUUGCGGGCAUGGCCGGCACUGCAAUUCUCUACACGACGAAGCAGACGCUGACGGUGUCUGAGGUCAUCGAGGUGUUAGAGGUGCUGUUGAUCUUUGUUUAUCUCAGCCUGAUUGUGCUUUACCUGCUGCCACGCUGCUUCACACCUGGAGAGGCGCUACUCAUUGUCGGUGGAAUCAGCUUCAUUGUCAACCAGCUCAUCAAGCGCUCCCUGAACCUGGCAGAGGUCAAAGGUGAUCCACUGAACUAUUUCCUGCCGGUCGUAGUCGUGGGCUCACUGUUGCUGGGUGUCUUCUUCGCCCUGCUCUUCUGCUUCAUGGAGUCUGAGACUUGGGUGUCAUCGCUUUUCUUUCACAUGAUGACAGCCGUUCUGGGUCUGGGAAUCCUCAUGCCGUGGCUCUCUCUCUUCAUCGGCCGGCACCCCAUCAUGUGGCUGUUGGACUUUGUCACGUUAAAUGACAGAAGACUCUGUCUGCUGGGGUACUGGGUGUUUUUGUCUGUUGUGGCCACUUGUGUUGUGUUACACCAGAACCACCAGCGCCAGUCAGGCUCCAAGAAGCACCAGGCCUCCACUAUUGUCAGGAAGUACUUCCAUCUGAUUGUAGUGGCUACAUACGUUCCAGGGCUGAUAUACGACAGGCAGCUGCUCCAUGUGGCGUCGGUGGGUUGCUUGGCGGUGUUCUUGCUCCUGGAGUACGUGCGUUACUUUCGGAUCAGGCCACUGGGUCAGCUGCUCAGGCAGGUGCUCACCUUGUUCCUGGAUGAGCGGGACUCCGGGCCUCUUAUCCUGACCCACAUCUACCUGCUGGUGGGCAUGUCUCUGCCCAUAUGGCUGUUCCCCGGGCCCUGCGUUCCUAAGGGGAUACUUCCUGGUGCAGGCGGCCUGGUGCCUUAUGCAGGUGUGCUGGCUGUGGGGGUCGGUGACACUGUGGCGUCUGUGUUCGGCAGCACCAUGGGGGAGAUCCGUUGGCCCGGCACAAAAAAAACCAUGGAGGGGACUGCAACAUCUGUGUUCGCCCAGAUCAUCGCUGUGGCCAUGUUUCUCAUCUUUGAUGGGAGCAUCAAUCUGAACUCCACCUACUCAUGGAUUGUUGGCUCGGUCACUCUGGUGGCUAUGCUGGAAGCCUACACCUCCCAAAUAGACAACCUCCUACUCCCACUCUACCUCUUCAUCCUGCUGUUGCUUUGACUGGACAGAUGGCACAAACAAAAACAGAUCUCUUCCACUGUCCCCAGCUCUUUCUGGAGGGAAGAAAGAAUGGUGAAUUUGCAGAGGGGGAAGUGUAAGAAAGAUCAUAGUAGAAGUAAUAGAAGUCCCCUUUAAGGAAUCAGUGGAGUUGAUCAAAGAGGGGAGUAAUUUUUACUAGCACAAGAAACAAAUAAUUAAAAGCUGACAGCUUAAUCAAGCCAGGUAAUUAUGUCAACAAACCAACGUGGCACUAAAUGUUAGCAUGACAUUAGAGUCUGCUGCCUUCAGAUCAGAAGUCAUUUCAGUAUCAGUUUCCUUGAGGAAUGAGACGAUCACUUUAGAAUCAGUUACCAAGAAAUGUGAGGUAAGAGUCGCUAAAUAUUCUUUGAGCUUGCUCUGUGGUGACGGCGGUGGUGUAUGGUUUCUUUGCGUGUCACGACGUACUCGACCAUUGACACCAGCAGCUCCUGAAUUAUGCAACAGGAGAUGGUUCAGCGAAGUGGGAAAAUGUCCUUUUAGUCAUCUAAAGAAACCUGGACAGUACAGACGCUGCAAAAUUUUGAUCAUCAAUGAUAAGGUUUACGUAUCUUGUCCCAAACGGAUACAUGCCUUUUGUAUUGCCUUUGAAGAACAUUAUUUAAGGUUAGCUUAGUGAUAUGUCUUUUUUCCUGAUCAACAUUUUUGUUAUUAGAUUAUUUUUGCCUCCCCGAUGGCAAUAUGAAGUACUUACUGCUGAAAAGAUAUGCCUUAAGAAGUAUAUUUUCUAUCACACAUUACCUACUAUUGUAGAUGAAAGCAUGGCAGCCCUUCUCAACUCUUCUUUAUAAGGGCUGAUUUAUACUUCGAUAUGGCAGAAACUCACUAUGCUCCCGCAUGACACUAAUGUGAAACUGAGUACCGUACACAGGUAUCCUACAGUAUAUUUUUGUUUGGUAAAUUGACUUUGCUUGGUAUUUCUGAGGUUUGAUGGGACCCCUUAAAAUGAAUAUUUAGAUUUCCCUGUGAUACUGAGCAUUCAAACCCCGCAAAGUUAUGGAGUCUGUAGAUAUGCUUUGGGCCAAAAUGACAAACAUAAGCCCAACUUUCUUUUUGCAAAAAUUUAUGUAUCUUCUUGAGUAUUUGCUUUAUAGAAAUAUCCUCAAAUGUCAUCAGGUUUCAUCUCAUCAAUCUUAGAUGAGAAUGCUACAGUUUAAAUCCUGAAACUUGUUUUCAGCAUGCAUUAAUAAACAGCCUUUGGUUUA